AUGUGUGUCCAGUCUGUGUGUGUGUCCAGUGUGUCUGUGUCCAGUGUGUGUGUGUGUCCAGCGUGUGUGUGUGUGUCCAGUGUGUGUGUGUGUGUGUCCGUCCAGCGUGUGUGUGUGUCCAGUGUGUGUUUGUGUGUGUGUCCAGUGUGUGUUUGUGUCUGUGUCCAGUGUGUGUGUGUGUGUCCAGUAUGUGUAUGUGUCCAGUGUGUGUGUGUGUGUGUGUGUGUGUGUCCAGUGUGUGUGUGUGUGUGUCCAGUUUGUGUGUAUCAGUGUGUGUGUAUCAGUGUGUGUGUGUCCAGUGUGUGUGUAUCAGUGUGUGUGUAUCAGUGUUUGUGUGUCCAGUGUGUGUGUCCAGUGUGUGUGUAUCAGUGUGUGUUUAUCAGUGUGUGUGUGUCCAGUGUGUGUGUAUCAGUCUGUGUGUGUGUGUCCAGUGUGUGUGUGUCCAGUGUGUGUGUAUCAGUGUGUGUGUGUCCAGUGUGUGUGUAUCAGUGUGUGUGUGUCCAGUGUGUGUGUGUCCAGUGUGUGUGUAUCAGUGUGUGUGUGUCCAGUGUGUGUGUGUCCAGUGUGUGUGUGUCCAGUGUGUGUGUGUCCAGUGUGUGUGUAUCAGUGUGUGUGUGUCCAGUGUGUGUGUGUCCAGUGUGUGUGUAUCAGUGUGUGUGUGUCCAGUGUGUGUGUGUCCAUGUGUGUGUGUCCAGUGUGUGUGUAUCAGUGUGUGUGUGUCCAGUGUGUGUGUAUCAGUGUGUGUGUAUCAGUGUGUGUGUGUCAGUGUGUGUGUGUCCAGUGUGUGUGUGUCCAGUGUGUGUGUGUCCAGUGUGUGUGUGUCCAGUGUGUGUGUGUCCAGUGUGUGUGUGUCCAGUGUGUGUGUGUCCGUGCUUCUACACCGUGGUUUUACACCUGCAUUGUUUGCUGUUUGGGGUUUUAGGCUGGGUUUCUGUACAGCACUUUGAGAUAUCAGCUGAUGUACGAAGGGCUAUAUAA